AUGUCUCGAACUUGCCCUGCAAGUAUGCUGAAACCGCCGUCUUUAAGCAAGCCUUUGCUAUCAUUUUCAGAUGGGGAUUGUUUGAAAACGCCAACUAUGAGUGAUAUGUUGAAGGUGAGUAUUUUUGGAGAGGGAGAUGAGGGAAGAAAACAUAUGAUCUUAAAAUAUUUUAAAUUUUCAUGAAAUGUUUUUUUUCGAAAAACAUUUGAAAAAUUCAAAUUUUCAUAGAAAACUAUUCGAAAGUUAUAGACUCUCUCAAACUGAAUGUGAGCAAUCUUCGAAACUACAUAUUCUGAUAAAUUUUUUGAAAAUCUUCAAUUUUUUGAAACGAAUUUUUUACAAAUUCAAAUUUUUUGAAGAUUUAAUAUUAACAAAACAUCUUUGAACCUGGAAACUUCCCUAAACUAUUUUUGAGAAACUCAGAUUCUCCCUUUAAAAUCUGGAGUUUUUUCUUGAAAUUUUCCAAGCUCAAAAGUACGGUAUUUUCGAAACCGAAUUCCGAAAAAAGUGGAAUAAUCCCAUUCAAAAUUCAGAACCUCAUAAAAGUUUAACAGCUUUUUAGCUUGUAAACUUUUUUUUCAGUCAAAUUUUUUUAAAUUUCGAAAGCAAAAAUGCUAUUGAAAUCGUCAUAAUUACUGCUCUUCAUAAAAACAAAAACCCAUAUAAAAAAUUUUCAGACCCCAACAGUCCUUGGCUCCCCAACAAAACCACUGAUAAUUGAUGGAACACCCAAAGUCACCACAUUUUCUGGAUAUACACCUCAGAAUAAUCAAACAUUUUUUGGAGAACAUGAACCUCUUUUCGAUGGUAUGUUAUUUUGUUUUGUUGUGAUUAAGAAAAUAACAACCAGCCUUAUUUCCAGGUAAUUUUUCUGGAUAUCCUCAAACAUCAACAUCAUCUGCAGUUACACGAACUCAACAAUAUGCAGAAAACAUGAAUCACGGUAAUAUCAGCCCUCAAAAGAUCAAAAUGAAGCCAGAAAGUUUGACAUUGAAACCAACAAAUCCAAAUCCUGUAAACUUGAUGACUGGAAUCAAUUCACCAGGUAACUGUUUGAUUUUGAAAAUAGUAAUAAUAUCAAUUUGUAUUAGAAUCUGCAGGCUUAUCCGCUUCAAUGUUUCAAUUUUCGCCAAUGGUUGAACAUUUUUUGCAAUCGCUGACUAAAGGACCAAAUGGAACGGGUUUGAAUGAUUUGACGAUUAGUGAACAACAAAAAACACCUGAUAUCACGACACAUAUGAUGAAGGUAACCUUUUUUGGAGGUUUUGAGAGAUAAUUUUCCUGGGGUCAAUUUUUUAAAAUUUGGAAUGAAAUUCAAUUGAGAAAUUUAUGCAGAAAAUAUGAAAUUCCAAAAUGUUAAUCAAAAAUUCAAAAACUUUUCGAAAGCACGUCAUUAAAAUCGUACGAAAAAAUUCAUCGAGCCAAGUUUACGGGCUCCAAAUGUCUAAAAAAUUUUGCUCCAGAAUGUUGAUAAAAUAUUUCCAAGAAAUUUUCAACCAUUUUUUUUAGAAAAAAUAUUGUUUUUGUGAUCUUCUUACGUUAUUAGGAAGAGCUUAGGAAAUAUUCAAAAUCAUUGAACAAAUUUUGAUCAUUUUGUUUGCACUCUAAAUCAACCCCAUUUCAGUUCCAGAUGCCGGAGAGUUCCAAAAAAGAAGACAAAUUCCAAGUACCAAUGGAUAUCGAUGAAAUGUCGGCAAAAACCAGCGAAGAACUAAUGCAUCUUCAUAUGAGUCGACCAAUGUCAGCACAAUCAUCAACCAGUUUAGGCAAUUCUAAUCAACUUGUACACCAGCAACAGCAAUCACAAAAUCAACACAUUCGAUCUUCAAAUAAUGCAAUUCCACGGGUUAACAAUCAUAAUCUUUCGCAUCAACAUCACCAGCAACAACUUCAUCAUAAUCAUCUGAGACAUGGUAUUUCAAGAAAUAAUAUUCCAGUUACGGUAAGUCGGAUAUUGAGAAAAAAGAAAAUAACAAAACUGAAAAGUGUGGGCCCCUGAAAGUUCUGUCCGAUUUUCAUCUUCAGUUUUGAACAUUUUCAAAAAAAAUUUGAACUGACAAUUUCUUAUUGCAUGAUUUACGUCACAAUUUUUUUAUUGCAAAUGUUAAAUUCGACCAUUAUCAUCAGGUUCUAACUUUUGAUCAAAAACAUUAAUCAACUCAGAAAUUAUAAAAAAACCUGAUGAGUUUUUUUCAAAUAAAACAGCCUUAAAAUGUGUAUCCUAAUCCAGAAUUGAAAAAUAGCCUCCUAAUUUGAAAACCAACAAAUUUAUAUCUUCCUUCCUAGAUGUUUACCAGAAUCUGACAGAUUUUUCAAUUAAAAAACGUACAAAUUUAUAUUUCUCAUUCUGGAUUUUUUUCUGAAAUCUGACAUAUUCUUUUAAAUUAAAAACCUCCAAAUUUAUAUUUCUCUUUUCAAAAUUUUUAUUUAAACCUAGACAGCGCCAGAUUUGAUGUGAGCUUCAAUUUACUCUGACAGUUUCUUUUUUUUCAGUUUUUUGUUGGUCUCAUAUCUGAUUGAAAUGCAAUAUAAAUGCAAAUGACAUUUUGUAUGUUUCCAAAUAUUCCACCUUGAUUCAGAAAUUUUUUUGACCAAAGUUUAUAUUUUUAUUCCACAGGAAUACAUAUAAGGUCAAGUACUAUUUUAAUCUUUAAAAUAUUAUUUUUAGAAAAUGAAAUUACGUGAAUAAAUCCACCCACCCACUAAUCUGAACUUUAGCUCUCCCAUAUGAUAUCUAAUAAGUUUCCUAAUGAAUUUGUGUACUGAUAUCAUUGUGCACUUCCGAUUUAAACGCCUCCACGAUAUUGUUAUGAUUUGAUAAAUAAAAAUGGCUUCUUUUUUUAAUUCUGUUCACUUCCUAUCUGCUCUUUCAAUUGCUUGCUCUAUGUAUGUAUGUAUAUCCAAGCAAAGUCAGUCGCCCCCGCUAAUUUUCAAAGUCACGCCCACUAUUUUUUUGAUAUCCAUACAUAUAUAGAUGUAUGUAUGUAUUUAUAUUAUUUCGGAAACAAAUAUGUGCUAUAUAUUUUGUUGAAAAUUUAUGAUCAAUUUUACAUUGGUGAUAAAGUCUGUGUGUUCCAUGUGAACGCCCCCAGAUUUUUUUGUUGUUUUGAUUGACAAGACAAAAAAUACAAUUUCAAUUGUUUCAGCAACACAACAAUCCGACAUCAAAUAUGAACUCGAAUAAUAUUUACAAUGGAGUUUAUGAUCAUAAUAAUCACCACUUCAAGUAAGUCUUUUGGAUUUUUUUAUGUUAAAAAUAAGCGCAAAAUAAAUUGUGGCUAUAAUUUGUAUGAAGAUCAUUGAACCAUGAAAAUCCCCGCCUAGAUUCCCAAAGUUCAGUCAUUCAAACACAUUUUUUCUGAAACUUUGGCUUUGCUUUUCAAGAAAUUAUUUCAAAUUAUUUUCAACUAAUUUUUUCGAUGAUUCAUUUUUUUCCUGCCUGCCCACACUAUUUUUCUAUAAUAAUAAAUACAAAAAAUUCCAUUUUUUUCAAAAUAAAAUGUAUUUUACAGAGAGCCUUUAAGUAUGCCAUUCGAGCCAAAAAUGGAGCCAGCUGAUGAUUAUGGAUACGGUCAACCGGUUUACAUCGGAGGUAAGAGCUGUUCAUAUUGAUCUAUGUGAACAUUAAAAAUAUAAUAAUAAUGAUAAUUGAGUUUUCGGAAAAGUUAAUCUACUCCCACAAAGAUUGAGAACAUUGGUCUGAUAAGAGACAUUUUUUUCUUUUAGAAAAUACGGAUUAUGGUAAUGGUUAUGAUUAUCAGUCAACUUCACAAACUGUUGAGAUCAAAGUUGCGCCUCAACAACCACAACCGCCACAGCCACCGCAACAACAGCAACAAGCGCAAGCACCGGUAGUGAAACAGCCGAAAGGUUCAGCCGCCUCAUCAAAACUUCCACUGCAGGAACGACCCUACAAAUGUCCACGCGAUGAUUGUGAUCGACGAUUUUCUCGAAGUGAUGAGCUCACUCGUCAUAUUCGAAUUCAUACAGGACAAAAACCAUUCCAAUGUCGGAUAUGUAUGCGAGCAUUUUCGAGAUCUGAUCAUUUGACAACGCAUGUCAGAACACAUACCGGUGAAAAACCAUUUUCUUGCGAAAUUUGCGGACGGAAAUUCGCGAGAAGUGAUGAGCGAAAACGACAUACUAAAGUUCACAAAACUGCGGUAAGUAUAAUAGAUUGAGAAAAAUUAGAAAUCAAAAAAUUAUAUUUGAUAAGAGGAAGCUUUUUCUUGAAAUUUUUCUCAUUGUUUUUUCAAACAAAUGUUUAAUCAGUCGUUUUCAGAUUACAAUUUCGAUAUGAUGUUUUCACUUUGAAAAUUCAAGUUAUUCAUUUCGGAGCGUAUUUUUUUCAAAACUAAUCCGGUUCCAAAAAUUAUUAGAAGCUUAAAAUUUGAUUUUUGAACUGAAUAUCUUCGUUCAAACUUAAUUUCACAAACAAAUCCAAAAUUGUCCCACUCUCCCAUAUAACAAUUGAGUUUUGCAGGGUCACAACAAAACAAAGCCACGUCGUACCGCUGUCCCAUAUGCAGAAAUGUAA